CUGGGAAAGAAGGGGGGGCAGUGUCUUGACAGCCUCUUCAUGGGCAGGGUUGGAGUUAGCUGCUCGCUAGCUGGGACCUCCCUCUUCUUCUGGUUGAAGGACGUGGGCCCUUGGGAAGCUGAGGGAGAGAGCUGCAGAGGCCAGAGGGCAGGUUAAUGAAGAAUCUGUUCUGAAGGAGGAGGAGCAGGCUGGGGUCCUGGCUGCCCCAUCCCCCACCCCUGCCGUGACUAGCUGGACUGGCAAGGAAGGAGCACGUGGCAGCACUUCAGGCCAGCAGCAUUGGCACCAGGCACAGCUUGGAGAGGAAGCAGGCUCCUCUGGCAGGAACCUCUCAGGAGCUUCUGGAAAGCCAAGGACCUCAAAGGACUAAGGUACAGGAGCCCUAGUUCCCAUGGCUUCGUUGAGCCAGGUCCUACGCGUAGCUGCCACCUGUCUUCAAAGGAGAUCUGCUCGGAACCUGGGGCUACAGCCCCUAGCCAGGGAGGCCAGGCUCACCACUGAGAAGAGUGUUCCAUACCAGCGGACCCUGAAAGAGGAGGUCCAAGGUGCCUCCGUGGUGCCCCAAGGACCAAGCCAGCCCCUGCCUAGCACAGCCAAUGUUGUGAUCAUUGGUGGGGGCAGUUUGGGCUGCCAGACUCUGUACCACUUGGCCAAGCUGGGUGUAGGUGGAGCAGUGCUGCUGGAGAGAGAGCGACUGACCUCAGGGACCACCUGGCACUCAGCAGGCUUAUUGUGGCAGCUGCGGCCCAGCGAUGUGGAGGUAGAGCUUCUGGCUCAUACACGGCAAGUGGUGAGCCAUGAUCUGGAAAAGGAGACUGGGCUGCAUACAGGCUGGAUCCAGAACGGUGGCCUAUUCAUUGCCUCUAACCGGCAGCGCCUGGAUGAAUACAAGAGGCUCAUGUCGUUGGGCAAGGCCUAUGGUAUAGAAUCCCAUGUGCUGAGCCCGGCAGAGACCAAGAAUCUGUACCCACUGAUGAACGUGGACGACCUCUAUGGGACCCUGUAUGUGCCACAGGAUGGUACCAUGGACCCUGCUGGCACCUGUGCUACCCUCACCAGAGCAGCAGUGGCUCGAGGAGCUCAGGUCAUUGAAAACUGUGCAGUGACUGGCAUCUGUGUGCGGACGGAUGACUUUGGAGUGCGGCGGGUGGCAGCUGUGGAGACGGAGCAUGGAUCCAUCCAGACACCCUGCGUGGUCAACUGUGCAGGAGUGUGGGCGAACACCGUGGGCCGGAUGGCAGGAGUAAAGGUCCCACUGGUGGCCAUGCACCACGCCUAUGUCGUCACAGAGCGCAUUGAGGGGAUCCAGAACAUGCCCAAUGUCCGGGAUCAUGAUGCUUCUGUGUACCUCCGUCUGCAGGGGGAUGCCUUGUCUGUGGGUGGCUAUGAGGCCAACCCUAUCUUUUGGGAUGAGGUGUCAGACAAAUUUGCCUUUGGCCUCUUUGACCUGGACUGGGAUGUGUUCACCCAGCACAUUGAAGGUGCCAUUAACCGUGUCCCCGUGUUGGAGAAGACGGGGAUCAAGUCCACUGUCUGUGGCCCCGAAUCCUUCACACCUGACCAUAAGCCCCUGAUGGGGGAGGCUCCUGAGCUCCGAGGCUUCUUCCUUGGUUGUGGCUUCAACAGUGCAGGCAUGAUGUUGGGAGGUGGCUGUGGACAGGAGCUGGCCCACUGGAUUGUGCACGGGCGCCCAGAAAAGGACAUGUACAGCUAUGACAUCAGGCGUUUCCAUCACUCGCUCACGGACCACCCCCGCUGGAUCCGAGAGCGCAGCCAUGAGUCCUAUGCCAAGAACUACUCGGUUGUCUUUCCACACGAUGAGCCACUGGCAGGCCGCAACAUGAGGAAAGACCCCCUGCAUGAGGAACUGCUUGAACAAGGCUGUGUGUUUCAAGAGCGACAGGGCUGGGAACGGCCAGGAUGGUUCAACCCCCAAGAAACAGCUCAGGUCCUUGACUAUGACUACUAUGGGGCCUACGGAAACCAGGCACACAAGGACUAUGCCUACAGCAGGCUGCUAAGUGAUGACUAUACCUUCGACUUCCCACCCCACCACCACAUGAUCCAGAAGGAGUGUCUGGCGUGCAGAGGGGCUGCUGCUGUGUUCAACAUGUCUUACUUUGGGAAGUUCUACCUGCUGGGGGUGGACGCCAGGAAGGCUGCAGACUGGCUCUUCUCAGCAGAUGUCAACCGACCCCCAGGCUCAACAGUGUACACAUGCAUGCUGAACCGACAGGGAGGCACGGAGAGUGACUUGACCGUUAGCUGCUUGGCUCCCGGCGCCCAGGCCAGUCCCCUGGCCCCUGCAUUUGAAGGGGAAGCCUACUACCUUGCCGUGGGUGGGGCUGUGGCCCAACACAACUGGUCCCACAUCAACACCGUGCUGCAGGACCAGGAGUUCCGGUGCCAGCUUAUGGAUAGUUCUGAAGAUCUGGGCAUGCUCAGUAUCCAGGGCCCAGCCAGCCGUGCCAUUCUCCAGGAUGUGCUUGAUGCUGACCUGAGCAAUGAGGCCUUCCCCUUCUCCACCCACCAGCUGGUGAGAGCUGCUGGGCACCUGGUCCGUGCCAUCCGGCUGUCGUUUGUCGGGGAACUGGGAUGGGAGCUGCAUGUCCCCAGUGCAUCCUGCUUGCCAGUGUACCGAGCUGUAAUGGCUGCAGGUGUGAGGCAUGGCCUAGUCAAUGCAGGCUACCGUGCCAUUGACUCCCUGAGCAUUGAGAAAGGCUAUCGACACUGGCAUGCAGACCUGAGGCCCGAUGACAGUCCCCUGGAGGCAGGAUUGGCCUUCACCUGCAAGCUCAAGACCUCGGUGCCCUUCCUAGGUCGCGAGGCCUUGGAGAAGCAGCGUGCCACAGGCCUCCACCGACGCCUGGUGUGCCUCACUGUGGAAGAGGAGGUGCCUAUGUUUGGCCUGGAGGCCAUCUGGAGAAAUGGCCAAGUGGUGGGCCAUGUCCGGAGAGCUGACUUUGGAUUUACUGUGAACAAGACCAUCGCCUAUGGCUACAUCCGAGACCCUAGUGGUGGGCCAGUCUCUCUGGACUUUGUGAAGAAUGGGGAGUAUGCCUUGGAGAGAAUGGGGAUCACCUAUCCUGCCCAGAUUCACCUGAAGUCUCCCUUUGACCCUGACAACAAGCGGGUGAAGGGAAUCUAUUGAUGGGCUACAGGGUGGCAGCUACAGCUGCUCAGGCCCCUGAAAACUGCCGUACUUCCCACACUGCCUGUGGACUCCUGCACUGCACAAACAGUCCUGUGUCCUGAGACCCAGGGUAAGGGCAAGCACAGUCUUCCCUACUCUUACCCUCCAUUUGGUCCUGCUAACCACUACAGCUCCUAAUCAGGACUGGAUGGAGCACUGUGUUCCUCCUGCUCACGGACCACACAGUGGUCUCCAAUCCACUCUAGUCCUCCCAAAGUGCACCCUGCAGAUGUGUUGGCUCAAGGUCCCAAGAGUAUUUCGGGUGUAUGGUUAACCCAAGGUAGAAGACGUAAAGCAGGCAGGCUUCCCCUCUGUUUGUCACUUGGCUGACUGCCAAUGGUUAGCUAGAGCACUUAAAGAGUAGCGGAUCGGGAGAGGGAGCAGGGAUUGAUGAGCAGUGUCUGCAUAGGUAUAGGGUGGAGAACACAGAGACAGGUGCUGGACUGGUGCAGUCUUUCCUCAGAAUGGCUGCCUUUCAGACCUGAGAGGAGAAGGGUAAGAAAGCUCUUGCCUUAGCCUUCCAGCUCUGCAGGAAGAGAAAGCCUUCUGAGAGUCACCAGCCUGUGACACAGGAGGCCUGUGGCAUGUAAUUUGGAUCAGGAACCUCCCUUACUUACAAAGAAGUGACAUACUCUGCCUUAGUUUCCCCUUGAGCCAUUGCUCAUGGCUCCAGGGACACCAAGCUUGCCCUUGUGCAUGGCUUUGCUGCGGUGCAUGUUCCCAGGGCUUUUCCUCUGUCACACAUGUGUGGCUUCUUGCUCAAGUUCUAGUGAGAGGCUGCUCCAGCUCUGCUCUGUGAGAUAGAGCGGCCCCUUCUCCCACCCUGUGUAACCACCCACAUAUGUCCUCAAGUCAGGGGUACCCUGGCUCUCCUUCCUGGGGUGAAUGUCCACCACUUUCUAGAGACUCAGCCUUCUUCCUCUGCCUCAUGCCCUGACUGAGAAGUUAGGAUGCUGUGGCUCCCCAAACAAAGAUCACCAUGUAGCCUUCCAUGUCUUGUCUAGGAGAGCAGGAGGCAGAUGCCAUAGUGGGAUGGAGCUGAGGCGUCUUAAACCCAAAGAAGGCGACAGAGGGGAGAUGUGGGCACAGUUGUCUUGGGUGGGCUCUGAAUCUUCAUGGAUUUACACACCACAUGCUCAGCUGGAAAAGGUCAAGUUAAUAAAAUUUUGUGAAACCACUGGAA